GUUUAUUUAAAGUAAAUCAAUAAAUUAUACUCUACACGUUUAUGCUACACAAAUAACGAAUCAUAUUUGAAAUGCGUAUCUGAAUUAUUAUUCAUUUGACAUAUCGAUCUCAACAUAUAUUUUAAAUAAAAGGACGUGCAUAAAUAAAAGUUUUAAAGUCGGUAAUUUUGGUCAUCUAUUUAUAAUGGCGGUUAAGGACACCAGAAUACCGAGAGAAACGCGAUGGCCAAGUGUUCUUUAUUAUUUAUACCUUCAUUUUUCUGCUUUGAUCGGACUCUACUUCGUAGUUUUCCAAGCUAAAUGGACAACUAUAAUUUAUACGAUAUGUCUUGUCUAUGUGUCUGUCCUCGGCUUAAGUGCUGGGGCUCAUCGAUUAUGGGCACAUUUAAGCUUCAGAGCCAGUACCGUGCUCAGAGGAUUCUUGGCUUUUGCACAGACUUUAAUAUGUCAAGGAUCACUUUACGACUGGGUGUUAGAACACCGAUUGCAUCAUGCGCAUUUUGGUACAGAAAAAGAUCCUUUUAACCCACACCGUGGCUUUUUCUAUGCAUAUUUUAUAAACAAAUUGGUAACAAGCCACCCUGAUCAUGAGAAAUUGUUAAAAACUAUUGAUGUCAAAGAUUUGGAGCAAGAUCCUAUUGUAAUGUGGCAAAAAAGACUUUAUUGGUUGCUGACUCCAUUGUUGGUGAUGGUCACCGUGUUUUUGCCGUCUGAACUGUGGGAUGAGUCACUUAUGUGUUCAAUUUUUAUCGUUGGAUUCCUCAGAGUCACAGUAUCGUUACAUUACAGUUGGAUUUUAAAUGCGGCUACGAUAAUUUGGGGACUAGAACCACUUAACAAGUAUUCUAUUCAAACAAAUAUGGUAUUCGUCAUAAACAAAAGCCUGUGGCCUCAAUACCAUUAUACAUUACCGUGGGACUAUCAAUGUGGUGAAUACGGAAAUUAUAAUCAUGGGUGCAUUACGGCUCACAUAAGAGUAUGGGCAGCAUUACGAUUAGUGACCUACCUAAGGACAAUAGAUACCGAUGGAAUGAGAAAAGCUAUGAUUGAGGCGGCCAGCACAGGACAAGAAUUCAACCAAUGUGCAGAAAAAUAUGCGUUUGAUCCAAAUCUUCUUAAAAUAAAAUGUGAAUUAGAUUUAGAAAGGAUACCUUCUUGAUUGCAAUUAAUAUAUAUAUACUAUUAUAAUUUA